AUGUCUACCGCCGAGAAGAGAUUACAAAGGAUUGCCGAGCUGAGGAAGCAGGUAAGAUCAGUGGCCGUUGUUAACACGAAGAUUAGGUAUUAGUUGGUGCUUUACCAGAUGACUUCCUGCGCAUGCCUACUAGUUCCAAUGCUGAUGCCAACGCAAUGCCUUUGGAUCCUGCGGUAAGUAAUUUCAAAAGUUUUCAAUAUUUUUUUAGACUCAAUUUUACUCGUUUAUUCCGCCAAAUACUCGCGGACGGCUGGUGUUGAAGAUUGUUGAGGCAAAGUUGACCAAGAACUAUGGAUUGGUUAGGAUGGAUCCCUACAUCAGAGUUCGCGUUGGAAAUGCGGUUUUUGAAACCCAUACCUGCAUAAACGGUGGGAAAGUGCCUGUUUGGAAUCGUGUUAUCAAUGCUUAUCUUCCUGUCGGCGUCGAAUCCAUCUACGUCCAAAUAUUUGACGAGGUAAGCAACUUCUGAUAUUAAAUUUAGACAAUUGUUAGUUUUCGAAUAAUUACAACUUAAUCUAAUGUCUUUUCAGCGUUCUUUCACUCAAGAUGAAUGUGUAGCUUGGGCUCAUAUUAUUCUUCCUGAUGGUGUAUUCGGCCAAGAGACUGUCGAUGAAUGGUACUCGUUGUCCGGUCCUCAAGGUGAAGGAAAAGAAGGAGUUCUUAACAUUGUGACAUCAUUCACUCCUGUUGUAACAACUGAAGGGGCUCCAGCUCCAGCAACGACAGGUCAAAUGGUUGAACCACCAGAACCGGUCGAUAUUGGUUCCAUAAAGGAAAUGUUUCCAGAAGUUGAUGAAGAAGUCAUUAGAACCAUCCUGGAGUCCAAUAAUAACAACCAGGAGGCUACAGUCAAUGCUUUAAUUGAAAUGAGCAGUACUUAAAGUAUUUUUCAUCUUCUAAAAUUGACCAUGUUAUUUGUAAUUGUAAUAUAUUGUAUGCUGAAACUGUGUUAAUUUACUUUAUUUAUGCUUGUCAUUAUAAAAAUUUGGGAUAAAGUUAUAUCUCGAUGCGUGGUAUCUGUUUGAACGGAAAGAGUACUUCGAUUAGGAUCUUUUCGGCGUUUCCACGUGUCGCCCUUGGAGUAAAUAAUGAGCGGAAUGAGAGUUGGUUGUUUUUACCGUGGUAUAUUGUACUGGUUUGUUACUGGAUGAGUUGUGGCAGUUUAUUUUCUUAUUUCUGUUAGUUUCGUAAUCAAUAUACUAUUUCAGAUGUUUUCUUCACUUUCCGUGUUUGGUUUUCCUUAAUUUCUGUAAAUGACAUUCUUUUCAGCACUAGACAUGAUGGCGCUAGGUUGGUGCUUGGGUGUGGGGGUUUUAGUUUCGCUUCUUUAUGCCAAGUUUAUGUUUGAUUUGCACGAGAAUACCCUCUGGUUCUCUAACAUAAAGGAAGUCGAGCGCGAGAUCUCUUUCCGUACUGAGUCUGGUCUAUAUUACUCUUACUACAAGCAGGUGGUGAAUGCUUCUACCGUAACCUCUGCUUUCUAUGACCUUAUUCAUGACACUAAGACAGAAUACCCUCGAGAGAUCAAUGUUCUUCAGAGGUUUAAUAUAAUUCCUGAAGUGUUGUUGGCACUGUUUUACCGUUUGUCAUCGUCGUAUGUUACUAUCACUCCUAUCAUGUUUUAUGUAAAUUCUAGCUUCCUUCUGGCUGGACUAAGUGUUCUGUUUGUAUAUCUAUUGACAUAUGUGAUUACCGGAGCCUGGAGCGAGGCGUUCAUUGUGUCUGUUUGGAUGCUCGUGAACUACGAGGACAGUUCGCGGGUUAACUUCGCUGUAAAUAUGCGUGAAGUGUACGCUCUACCGUUUCUGUGGGUUCAGUUUAUGUAUGUGUUCAAGUCUCUUGACUCUGUGGUUUACAGUAAGCAGAUAGUACUGUACACAGCCUUGUUCUCCAUUUCUUGGCAGUUUAACCAGUUUGUUUUACUGUUACAAUCAUUAUGUCUGUUUGUGUUUGCUCUGUUUUACUCCCAGUUCAAGGAUAACAUAAAGAACAUACUUUUUUGUCAAUCAUUGGGCUGCUUGAUCACAGGUGUACUUCAGUUCUUCCAGCCUAUGGUUCUGCUUUCUCCUUUGUAUUUACUCAAUGUUACAGUAGUAUUAUUGCUGUAUAAACUCCCGAAAACCUUCCACCUCGUUAAGUCAACACUUGUUUUCUUGUUCGGAAUUGUUGUCAUGUUGCCUCUGAAUGUUGUUGUAAAGUCUCUGGUCUCUGAUAAGUCAGAUUCUCAUAUCUGGCACUUCGUGGCUUCUAAAUUAGGCGUAGCACAAGCCUCCGUGCCGUUCGAAACGACGCUGUAUUUGUGUCACGGAGCCUUCGCGUUUCUCGGUUAUGACUUUAUCGAAAGAACGUAUAAAAACGGAUCCGUACAGUUGUUCGUGUUUGCUUUGGUCGUUUCGGUCUUCAAUAUCGUCAGAUCGUGGUGGAAGGGGGAACAGUCUUGUCCACGGUUGUUCCUUCUCACCGUGAAAUGUUGUGUCUUCGGCGUUCUUGCUUUCAGCACGAUGAGGAUGAAGUACAUCUUCCUUCCGUUGAUGCUCAUCCUCGCUUCCACCGCUUUUUCCUUUGUUAAUAGACUUUUGGGCCGCUUUGCCAAACUAACCAUAAUACUAGCCUUGGCCAUUACUGUCUUGAGGUCCCAUUACUCGUUCUACUUGAGAGUCAUGAGUCACGAACAGGUAUGCCCUCCCUUCUCGUCUUAAUACCAUCUUGAUAGGAGUUCUACGACCCGGAUACGGUGAGGUUGAUGGAGUGGAUCAAUCAGCAGAACGAAACCAUGGUCUUCUCAGGCAGUAUGCAGCUGAUGGCCGGGGUCAAGUGUUGUACUGGAAGGCCGAUCACGAACCAUCCUCACUUCGAGGAUAGUUACCUACGUGAACGGACGUUGAGGAUCUAUCAGAUGUACGGUCGUCGGCCGGCGGACGAGGUCUACGGGAUCCUGAAGAACGAAAACGCAACCCACAUUAUCCUCGAGGACAGUAUCUGUUUGGCCAAGUCGACCGGCUGCGCGUUGAAAGACCUGGUCGACCAGGCCAACGGACAACAAACAGAAUCCGGUCGAUAUCCGUUUGUCCCCAGCCGAAGCCUCCAGAAUACCGUCCUCCCGCGCUUCUGUGACGUGUUGCGCAAGAAGGGUCAUUCCCAAUUCGCUCUCGUGUUCAGAAAUCGCACGUUUCGUGUUUAUCGACUGCUGCUUUCUUAG